AUGGUGAAAGUUGGAAAUUUACUUAAUGUGGAUGGACAGCAGGUUACUGUCAUUGAUACUCCAGGUCUGUUUGACACCAGAUUUGGAGAAGAUAAAACAACCAAAGAUCUGAGUCAAUGCAUCUGUUACGCUGCUCCUGGACCCCACAUCUUCCUGGUGGUCGUUGCAAUCGGCAGAUUCACAGAAGAAGAAAAACAAUCAGUGCAAAAGAUUCAAGAAAUCUUUGGAGAGGCAGCAAACAGAUACAGCAUGGUUCUGUUUACCCGUGGAGACGACCUUGAAGACACCACCAUUGAAGAUUAUUUGUCUAAAAGCCCAGAGCUGCAGGAUCUGGUGUCCAGAUGUAACAACCAGUAUCAUGUCUUCAACAACAAGCUGAAAGAUAAGAAACCUCAGGUCACUGAGCUGCUGGAGAAGAUCAGAACCAUUGUUGACAGGAAUGGAGGAAGUCACUACACCAAUGAGAUGUUCCAAGAGGCUGAGAGGAAAAUCGAAGAAAAGAAACAACGAAUCCUGAAGGAGAAAGAAGAAGAAAUACGUAAAGCGAAAGAAGAACUGCAAAGGAAAAUAGAAGAACAAUAUGAGAAAAAGAUGCAAGAAAUGCAGAAAGAAUUAAAGGGUCAACUAGAGGAGAUCGAAAUCAUGAAAAAGAAACUAAUGGAAGAGCAGGAGAGACAAAUUCAAAAGGAAAAAUCUAACCUGCAGACCAUAUAUGACAAAGAAGCCAGACAUAAAGCUGUAGGCUUUAAUCCUCUCUAUCAUGUGGUAAAAGCUGUGGAGCACGUUGUCCAGGCAUGUGAAAUUAUGUGAGGUUAGCUGUUGUCACGUAGGAGCUGCUACAGAGAAUAAAGCAGAACUAAUAAGCAUUUUUUCUCUCUUUUUUUAUUGUCUUGAUUUUUAAGGUAAAGCUCCAGGUAGUGAUGUAAUUCAGCUGCGACCUCUGCAUCUCACACUAUUUUAAAUAUAUUUCUCCUGAUGUUUAGAUGCUUAAUGUAAGAUGCUAAAAUUGUUUGCAUGUGAAUUUUAGCCAUUACUUUUGUCAAUAAACACGGUUUCAUUAGAGG